GUGUUCUCUAUGACCAAUGAAUAUCACAAUUUUAAUUUGUACACAAUGGCGGCUGUGACAUUAGAAGAUAAGUCAAUUUGGGAAGAAACAGAUGACACUCUCGGGGAGGAAGUGCUCCGCAUGUCCACGGACGAGAUCGUAAGCCGCACCCGUCUCCUGGACAACGAAAUAAAGAUCAUGAAGAGCGAGGUCAUGAGGAUCUCUCACGAACUGCAGGCGCAGAAUGAGAAGAUAAAAGAGAACACGGAAAAGAUAAAAGUCAACAAGACGCUUCCGUAUUUGGUUUCCAAUGUAAUAGAACUGCUGGACGUGGACCCACAAGACCAGGGCGAGGAGGACGGGGCGGUCGUGGACCUGGACUCCCAGCGCAAGGGGAAGUGCGCCGUCAUCAAGACCUCCACGCGCCAGACGUACUUCCUGCCGGUGAUCGGGCUGGUCGACGCGGAGAAGCUGAAGCCGGGCGACCUGGUGGGGGUCAACAAGGACUCGUACCUGAUCCUGGAAACGCUCCCGGCGGAGUACGACGCCCGCGUCAAGGCCAUGGAGGUGGACGAGCGCCCCACGGAGCAGUACUCGGACAUCGGCGGCCUCGACAAGCAGAUACAGGAGUUGAUCGAGGCAGUCGUCUUGCCCAUGACGCACAAGGAGAGGUUCGAGAAUCUGGGGAUCCAGCCCCCCAAAGGGGUCCUGCUGUACGGACCUCCGGGAACUGGCAAGACACUGCUGGCGCGGGCCUGCGCGGCACAGACCAAGUCCACCUUCCUGAAGCUGGCCGGGCCGCAGCUGGUGCAGAUGUUCAUCGGCGACGGGGCGAAGCUGGUGCGCGACGCCUUCGCCCUGGCCAAGGAAAAGGCCCCCGCCAUCAUCUUCAUCGACGAGCUGGACGCCAUCGGCACCAAGCGCUUCGACUCGGAGAAGGCCGGGGACCGCGAGGUGCAGCGCACCAUGCUGGAGCUGCUCAACCAGCUGGACGGCUUCAGCUCCACGGCCGACAUCAAGGUGAUUGCGGCAACGAACCGGGUGGACAUUCUGGACCCAGCGUUGCUGCGUUCCGGCCGGCUCGACCGGAAGAUAGAGUUCCCGCAUCCGAACGAAGAGGCGAGGGCCCGCAUCAUGCAGAUACACUCGCGCAAGAUGAACGUCAACCCCGACGUGAACUUCGAGGAGCUGUCGCGCUCCACGGACGACUUCAACGGCGCCCAGUGCAAGGCCGUGUGCGUGGAAGCCGGUAUGAUAGCAUUGCGGCGAAGUGCUACAUCCGUCACCCAUGAAGAUUUCAUGGAUGCCAUUCUGGAAGUACAAGCGAAGAAGAAAGCCAAUCUUAAUUACUAUGCUUGAAAGAUUUUCGUUUUAUUUUGCUGUUUGUAUGUACUGUAAUUUAUAAUUUUUUUCAUUUAUAAGUUUAAUUAACCUCUUAAUAAAUUUUGGUUGGUCUUCUCAUUUUAUUGUGACAAAAUGAUGUACAUUUUCAAAGAUAAUAAAUUUUUUAAUGCUC